UCAGCGUCUCUCUCUCUCUCUCUCUCUCUCUGUAUAUUUAUAUAGAUGCGAAUGAACCUUGAGCGAGGACUAGUCUUCUGCAGAAUAAACAAAGCCGUCCUCCCCUGGUUGACGAACUCCCCGCUUCUUCUUAAAUCUUUCUCGUUUUCCUCGCGACGCGGUCCACAUCCUCCUCCUCUGCAUUCCCAAUCUCUUCCGUGCAAGAGAGGUCCUCCUCCCCUUCAAAGCCUUAAACUCUGGUCGCGUCCGGAGACGCCCCAACCCGACUCCGUCAUCAACUUCCUGUUUUUGCAAGCAAGACAAGUUCCUGAAUCCAACUCCGCUUGAAUCUGCCGUGCGGCUUCUUCUUUUUCGUCUUCUGGAGAGGCGGCAGGAAUAAGAAUUUCUGGAGAUACUGAGUGCUGCUGGGUCGCUGUGAGAUAAAGAAAAAGAUUUCGACCAAAGGGUGUCUGGUCUGACCGAAGAAGAUGAUGGAAGAUUUCAUCACGCGAUCCCUCCUGAUGAUCCUGGGGUACGCUUACCCAGCAUUUCAGUGCUUCAAGACGAUGGAGAAAAGCAGAGCCCACAGCGACGAACUCCGCUUCUGGUGUCAAUACUGGAUAAUUAUGGCAAUCCUGACGAUAUUGGAGAGAAUUGCGGAUGCGGUAAUCUCCUGGGUGCCGAUGUAUGGCGAGCUCAAGCUGGCGUUUAUCAUCUACUUGUGGUAUCCGAAAACUAAGGGAAGUGGCUACAUCUACGAAAGGCUGCUGCGCCCAUUCGUGACGGACCAUGAGACGGACUUUGAGACGAGGUUGACACAGUGGCGAGACAAAGCCUGGGAUUUGGCCUUCUUCUAUUAUCAGAACUGCUCGGAAUUGGGUAAGCAGUCAUUCUUCCAAGUCCUCGAGUACAUGGCUGGUCAGUCUAGCAAGAAGACACAAUCCAUCACCAAGAAGAGCAAGAAGAAUCCACUCCCACCACCAAACGAAACCCCCACUUUCUACAAACCAGGGAAGACCAAGAGGCAUGAGUACUAGGCACCCAGAUCAAACUCAAGUGCAGUGCAACGCCAGAACGGAGUACAUGCACAUUAUUGAUGACAACAUGCCAGAAGAACCAGGAUCUCAUCUCGGCAGCAAGCUCUCAUCUUCAUUAUAGGCGCUGAGAGACAUGCCUUUGAAGAAUACAAAUCACUGUACAAAACCACAAUCUGAAACACCCUUUUUUCGUUUUCCAUAGUGUAAAAUUAUUGGAUGUAGUUCCUCCAUUGGUGUGAGAUUCUUUUGUGUAUUUUUCAAUGCUUGUAUCAAGUGAAAUACUACAGUUUGAAUUUUUAGUCACCAAGAUAGAUUUUAAAGACAAUGGAUUCGAUCAGUGAGACAUUCUGGGCUAGUCGAAGCAACCUAA